AUGCAGAAAAGCACCAGAACUACCGGUUCCUACAGCAGCCGUUCCUCCCCAGGCGUAGCUUCCACCAUCACAAGGAAGAGCUACUCAGUGCACAGCUCCUAUGGCGGUGCUUCCAGCAGGCCUAUUUCUGCAUUUGGGGGGUUUAAAAUUGUUGGAGGCUCAAGCGCGAACUCUGGAUUGUAUGAUGGUGAUCUGAAUUAUGCAUACAGAGUGGGUGCAGGUUCCAAUGUGUUCCCCUUAGUAACAGCUGUAACGGUCAACCAAAGCCUACUGGCUCCACUCAACGUGGAUAUUGACCCUGAAUUCCAGGCCAUUAAACAUCAUGAGAAAGAACAGAUCAAGACCCUCAACAACCGAUUUGCCUCCUUCAUUGAUAAAGUGCGUUUCCUGGAGCAGCAGAACAAACUGUUGGAGACCAAGUGGUCUCUUCUUCAGCAGAAGACCACCAGCCACUCUAACAUAGAAGCCAUGUUCGAUGCCUACAUUGCUAACCUGAGAAGACAGCUGGACAGCCUUGGAAAUCAAAAACUGCGACUGGAGUCUGACCUGCAAAACUCAAAGCUCAUGGUGGAAGAUUUUAAAUCUAAGUAUGAAGAAGAGAUCCAUAAACGCAGCAAGUCUGAGGAUACAUUUGUACUUAUUAAAAAGGAUACCGACCAGGCAUUUAUGACAAGGGUAGAGCUGGAGGCCAUGCUGAACAGCCUGACUGAUGAGAUUGAGUUUCUAAGACUGAUCUAUGAAGCAGAGUUGCAUGAGCUGCGAUCUCAGAUCAAGGACACAUCAGUGACUGUUGAGAUGGACAACAGCAGAAACCUGGACAUGGAUGCAAUUGUGGCUGAAGUUCGUGCUCAGUAUGAAGAAAUCGCCAACCGCAGCCGUGCAGAAGCAGAGAGUUGGUACAGACAGAAGUAUGAAGAGAUGCGGGUGACCGUUACUACACGUAGUGAAAACCUGAAAAUCACCAAGGCUGAAAUUGCAGAAUAUACCCGCAAAAUCAAAACCUUACAGACUGAAAUUAAUACUGUCAAGGGACUGUACUCGAAUCAGGAGGCUAAGGUCAGAGAAGCAGAGGAAAGGGGAGAGGCAGCAGUAAAAGAGGCUAUACUACGGAUACAGGAGCUCGAAGAGGCCCUAAAACAAGCUAAGCGGGACAUGACCCGGCAAGUGCGCGAGUAUCAGUCUCUUAUGAACAUCAAACUUGCCCUGGACAUUGAGAUCGCCACCUACAGGAAACUGCUAGAAGGAGAAGAAAGCAGACUGGUUCAUGGAAUUCAGGCAGUCAGUAUCUCCAGACAGACCUCCUUAAUGUCCCAGUCUCUGGAAAGCAGCAUUAUUUCAUCUCACACUGCUCGUGCUUCCAGUGAGAAAAGCUUCUCCAGUUCAACGACCAUGAAAACUGACUAGACGACCAUCACACUUGAGUGGACAGAGGACAACUUCAAGUCUAAAAUGCCAGGAAGAAAUAGCUCAACUGGCUUAUUGAGAAUGAGAGAGAUCUAUGUAGCUGUUUAUGACACCUUUCCAUUAUAUAAUCCAAACAUAAUAAUACUCGGGGCAUAAUUAGUGUAGUAAAACAGCACCUCCAACUUUCAACUUCAAAUGCUAUUUUUCAAUUUUGUUCUCUCAAACAACUGUUUAUCCAUCAUUUAUUACCUGCACUUAAUACUGCUGUGUUCUAAUUCCUUAUAAUCAGUUAUACUUUAGUCAAAUAAAAAGGUGUAAAACAUUGGCUGCUGGAUCUGUCAG